GCAAGCCAAAACCUCCAAACCCAAUAAUGGCGGGUUCUCCCUCCCCAUUUCCAAAUCCCAAACCCUAACCCCCUCCCCACUCCCCAACCCCCACACCCGCAGUCCCUUCCCAGUCCCACAUUCCCACGCCCCCCACCCUCGGCGCCGGCGCAGAUGGCGCCGUUGGUGCCGAAGAAGAAGCGCAAGGUGAACCUCCCGGAGAACGAGGAGGUCGCGGCCAGGAUCUUCGGGAAGCACCGCUCCAUGGCAGCGCAGCAGCCGGGCGGCUUCCCGGAGCACCAGGCCCGCGCGCUCUCCGCCGCCUACACCGGCGUCUGCGCCGCCAAGGAGCCCGUCCGGACACCCGGCGACCUGGCCCGUGUCACGGGAGUUGGAGGUUGGGUUGUUGACGUCAUGGAAGACUCCUUUCCAGGGUCCAGCCUUGAUUUGUCCCCUCCGAGAAGUAAUACACCAGGAGAAACGGGGAAGAAGAACACACGAAACAAACCUUAUGUGCCACGGAUGAAAUCAGCUGCUUAUGCAAUAAUGAUCACACUCUACAGAGCAAAAGGGAAAAGACACUUGAAUAUGCAACAGCAGAUAUUGACAGUUGUUUUCCCCCUAGGGAAAUGGAAAAAAGGGAAGGAAUUUAUGAUGAGGCAAGAGCUUAUUGAUGCUGCUGAAGCCAGUGGUCUGUCACAAUAUGCAAUAGGGUACAGUUUCAGUGACUCAGUUCUGAAAGAAGUGGACUUCCAAACUCAAAAGCAGGCAGUUCCAGUUCCUUUGACAACGGCCAUGCUACUAAUUCUCCUCUUUCAUCUCGAGGAAUGUUUGGACAGCAAUCGUUUAGUGCAAUGGCCCCGUUCCAGAAGAAAAGUUGUUGAUAAUAUACGCUCGCAGUUUAAUAUUCCUGUAGAGGUUAAACACUUGCCUGUUGGAGAUGCUCUUUGGAUUGCUCGCCAUAAAGAACUUGACACGGAUUAUGUUCUUGAUUUCAUUGUUGAAAGGAAAAAUGUGGAGGAUUUACUUGGCUCAAUUAAAGACAACAGAUACAAAGAUCAAAAACUAAGACUGAAGAAAUGUGGGCUAAGGAAGCUAAUAUAUCUAGUUGAAGGGGAUGUAAACACUGUAGAUGGAUCAGAGAGCGUUAAAACAGCCUGCUUCACUACUGAGGUUCUUGGAGGAUUUGAUGUCCAAAGAACCACUGGAUAUGCUGACACUGAAAAGAAAUACGGCCACCUCACGGGCUCUAUAAUUGAUUACUACAGCAGAAACUUCUCUGCUGGUGCUGAUACCUCUCGACUUUGCCUGACCUACGACGAGUUUGUGAAGAGGUGUUCUGACCUUGAGAAGGUCACUAUGAGCGAUAUAUUCGCCGUUCAGCUUAUGCAGGUGCCACAAGUGACAGAAGAAGCUGCUCUUGCUGUCACGAGUCUCUACCCCACUCUUCUCUCGCUUGCUAAGGCGUACACCAUGCUUAUGAGUCCUCUUUUCCUUUCAACUUAUACAAUGUUCUUUACAUAUACAACUUAUACAAUGUUCUUCACAUAUACAACUUAUACAAUCUUACUUACUCAUUGGGACAGAUGUGACCAAUGUAUGUACACACACAUCCUUAGCUGCUCCUCGUGCUAUUGAUGUACAAAACAAUUCAACAUGUCUGUAGAACUAAAAGUUUAUCCUUGUAACUUUGAAGGAUGGCGAUAGGUGCGCCCAGGAGGAGAUGCUGAAGAACAAGAGCGACAUGGUCAACGCGGGGGCUAGCAAGAACAUUUUCAAGCUCAUCUGGGCGGAAGGAUGAACACCCCGUACUUGACCGGUCUUUUGGUCACGGGCGUGGUGAUUUCGGCCGCCAACGCAAGUUCUGAAGGAGAAAACAGGCAGGACCGUUUUUGUGCUGUGCCUGGUGCCUUGGAGAAGCGAAAAGUCUCUGAACUUGUAACCGCCACCUAAGAGAACGCCUUAGCGUAGCCUCACUCCCUGUUUAAAAUACUACUCCGUCGUAGAAUUGCAUGCCCCAAAAUUAUGGAGUCGUCGUGUUAAUGUAGUGCAUUAGCGCUUCGUGUGUAUAUAUACACAAAUAUUAGCUCUUGACUCAGUUGCUUGGAUCA